UGUCCAGACUCUGUGCUCUUCCAUGUAUGGUCCAGUGGAACGCUCCUUGACCAUUAGAUGGACUACAAACAGUUCCAGCAGUUACUGCGACCGCACCUCACAACUCCCUUACCUUGACCCUUGACCCCUUAGCUUUAAACCCUCACCCCUGACCCAUACUCUUAACCUCUAGCCCCUCACUCCUCCUAAUCCUUAACCUUACUCCCCCUCUCCCCUCCCUCCCUCCCUCCCUCCCUCCCUUCCUUCCUCUCAUCUCUUGUCCUCUCCUGUCCUGUCCUCUCCUCCCCUCUCCACCAUGUUAUCCCGUAUCACCACAGUCCUCUUAGCUGUUUUGUGUCAAUGUGUGCUGGUGUCUCUCGGGGUGGACCCCCCUCACCCCCGUCGGGAGAUCCGGAUCGAGGGUGACCUGGUUCUGGGGGGGCUGUUCCCAGUCCAUGAGAAGGGGGGAGGGAUAGAGGAGUGUGGGAGGGUGAACGAGGACAGGGGGAUCCAGAGGUUGGAGGCCAUGCUGUUUGCUAUAGACAGGAUCAACUCUGAUCCUACUCUACUGCCUGGAGUCAGUCUGGGAGUUCACAUACUGGACACCUGUUCUAGAGAUACAUACGCACUGGAACAGGCGCUGGAGUUUGUACGUGCAUCUCUGACCAAGGUGGACGAUACAGAGUUUAUCUGUCCUGAUGGAUCCUACGCGCUACAGGACGACAGUCCCCUGGCCAUCGCUGGAGUUAUAGGAGGAUCCUAUAGCAGCGUGUCUAUACAGGUGGCCAACCUGCUCCGCCUCUUCCAGAUCCCUCAGAUCAGCUAUGCCUCCACCAGUGCCAAGCUCAGUGACAAGACGCGCUAUGACUACUUUGCCCGUACGGUGCCCCCUGACUUCUACCAGGCCAAAGCCAUGGCAGAGAUCCUGCGGCUGUUCAACUGGACCUACGUGUCCACGGUGGCAUCAGAGGGAGACUACGGAGAGACGGGCAUAGAGGCUUUCGAACAGGAAGCACGUAUGAGGAACAUCUGCAUCGCUACCUCUGAGAAGGUGGGGCGCUCUAACGCUAAGAAGUCAUAUGAGGCAGUGAUCAGGCAACUCCUCCAGAAGCCCAAUGCCCGCGUGGCAGUACUCUUCCUGAGGAGUGAUGACGCUCGAGAACUCCUUUCUGCCGCCGCACGACUCAACACCACCUUCAUCUGGGUGGCCAGUGAUGGCUGGGGGGCACAGGAAAGCAUUGUCAAGGGCAACGAGGCCACGGCCGACGGGGCCAUUACCCUGGAACUGGCGGCCAAUCCCGUGCCGGCUUUCAACCGCUACUUCCUGUCUCUGGAUCCAAUCAACAACCGCCGCAACCCCUGGUACCGGGAAUUCUGGGAGCAGAAGUUCCAGUGCUCACUUGGCGGAGGAGGAGGUGGGGCAGGAGGAGUAGGGUCAGGGGGGAUGGUGUCUCUCUCCCUCCCUCCCUGUGAGAAGGGUGUGUCGGUGGAUAAUAGUAACUUUGAGCCGGAGUCCAAGAUCAUGUUUGUGGUGAAUGCGGUAUACGCCAUGGCCCACGCCCUCCAUAAGAUGCAGAGAACAUUGUGUUCCAACACCACCAAGCUCUGUGACAGCAUGAAGGCUCUGGAUGGACGCAAGCUCUACAGAGACUACCUCCUCAACAUCAGCUUCACAGCUCCCUUCUCUCCUCUCGGCAGUGAGACUGUGGUGAAGUUUGAUCCCUAUGGCGACGGGAUGGGACGUUACAACAUCUUCAGUUACCAGCGCAACGCUGAUCGCUAUGGCUACGUGCCCAUCGGCGAGUGGGCGGAGACUCUGAGCCUGAGCAGUGACCUGAUUCGCUGGCCAAGGGAGGUGGUGCCCCCAUCCCAGUGCAGUGACCCAUGUGCCCGCAAUGAGAUGAAGAAGAUGCAGGCUGGAGAGUACUGUUGUUGGAUCUGUACUGCAUGUGAGGCUCAUGAGUACCUAGCUGAUGAGUUCACCUGUUCGCCCUGCGCCCCCGGCCAGUGGCCCAGUGAAGACCUCACUUUCUGCUAUGACCUGCCCGAGGACUACAUCAUGUGGGAGGACGCCUGGGCCAUCGGACCCAUCAGCAUCGCCAUUGUCGGGUUCCUCUGUACAUCUCUGGUGUUCUGGGUGUUUGUGAGACACAACAACACGCCCCUGGUGAAGGCGUCAGGCAGAGAGUUGUGUUACAUCCUGCUGCUGGGGGUCUUCAUGUCCUACUCCCUCACCUUCCUCUUCCUGGCCAAGCCCUCUCCUACUAUCUGCGCCAUGCGACGCCUUGGCCUAAGCACCUCAUUCGCUGUCUGCUACUCAGCCCUGCUCACUAAGACCAAUCGGAUCGCCCGGAUCUUCAGCGGGGUAAAGGAUGGGGGCGGAACCACAAGGCCUCGCUUCAUAAGCCCCACCUCUCAGGUGUUUAUCUGUCUCAGUCUGAUAUCGGUCCAGUUAGUGAUGGUGUCUGUGUGGUUGCUGCUGGAGGUUCCUGGUACCAGGAGGUUUACGUUACCGGAGCGACGGCAGACAGUGAUCCUGAAGUGUAACGUCCGUGACUCCAGCAUGCUGCUGUCACUAGUAUAUGACGUGCUCCUGGUCAUCCUGUGUACCGUGUACGCCUUCAAGACCAGGAAGUGUCCAGAGAACUUCAAUGAGGCUAAGUUCAUAGGAUUUACCAUGUACACAACCUGUAUCAUCUGGCUAGCCUUCCUGCCCAUAUUCUACGUCACAUCCAGUGACUACAGGGUCCAGACCACCACCAUGUGUAUCUCUGUCAGUCUCAGUGGUUUCGUGGUGUUGGGCUGUAUGUUCGCUCCCAAGGUCCACAUCAUCAUGUUCCAACCACAGAAGAACGUCACCAGUCUCCGCCUCAAUAUCAACCGCUUCAGUGUCAGUGGUCCUGCCACCACAUGCGCUUCACACGGUAUGGUUCAUGCCCAGUAUGUACCGACUGUGUGUAAUGGGAGAGAAAUAGUUGACUCCACCACUUCCUCUCUGUGACCCUACCCACUCACCUCUCUAUCCCCACCCCUCAGAGACUUAGUCAAUAGGCACACAUUGUGCCCCCCUGUCCCCUCUCCCACCACGUGGACUACCACAGUAACAUUUCAUGUCUGUAGAAAGUGUGCAUUAUGAUUAAAUUAUUUUCUAGUGCUGUACAUAUCAUGGAAUCAACAUUGUUGUAGACAUACAAUAGAACAAGAGAAUUUGUAGGAGGAUUUUUUGACGCUUUGUUUUUGAUACCUUUGUUAAAAGGCUGUGUUAAUUUAUUUAUAACUGUGUUAGGGUUGUGAUAGGAGUGUGUUGUGAUAGGAGUGUGUGUGUGUAAGGGUUGUGAUAGGAGUGUGUUGUGGUGUGUGUGUGUGUGUUAGGGUUGUGAUAGGUAAUGCUGACAACACCGGCCACGUGUGUGCGUGCGUAUGCAUGUGCCAUUGCGCGCGUGAUGAUUUUGUACAUCCACACCAGACGCGAUUGUGACACGCAGGUUGAAAUAUCAAAACCAACUAUAUUAAUUUGGAGGCAGGUCGAAACAUUCAUGGACAUUUAGCUAGCUAGCUGUUGAGACUGCUAGUUCGUCCUGGGAGAUGCACAUUGGGUUGAUAUUUUACCUGACAUGCAUAUGGUCUUCUAACUUUAACAUUUUGACCCGGAGUCACACAAAGUCUUGUUCCUCUACUCUGACGAUUAAUCCACAGAUAAAAAAUGAAAACCUACUUAGUUUUGUUAUAUUUAAUGAAUCUCUCCUCCUGUGUUUGUCAAGCAUCCACGUGGGUCGUUAUCUUCCUGAUAUUCAAUAAGGAGGGGACUUGCAGUCCGUGGAGCGUCUCAAAUAGAGCCAAGUUCUAUUUUAGCAUGUGGCAAUGCAGACGCUCGUUCAAGCACGUGAGCGGUGCGUACCAAAUGAUUGAAUAAUAUAUACUGUAUGUGUCCAUUUAUUUUGCAACACUCGUGCACACAAUGUGGCCUGUGAGGUUUGCGUGUUAGAGUUGUGAUAGGAGUGUGUGUGUUAGGGGUGUCUGAAAACAGAUGUUCUGUAUGAGUAGUGGCUGCAACAGCCUCACCUGCAAUAGCCCACAGACUUUCUACUCUUGUGCUUUUUUUGUAGGUCUCAUUGUAAUAACCCAGUCAGUAUGCAUUUGUAUGUUGUAUCUGUAUAUUUGUAUAUAUAAUUACUGAUGGUUGGAACAGCACAAUGUUGACAGUAUUAUGUAACUCCAGUAGGAUUCCCACUACUGUGGACUGACUGUGGAUGAAGCUCUGUGAGUGUUGACUAGCCCAUAGGAAUAGAAUGGCUGGAACGGACGGACAUAGUCUCAAAUUCAUAUAGUAUGUUGAAUCACACAUUUGCUCUUAUUAUAGCAGAAUAGUAUCAAAUAUGUAUUAAACUUUCCCAAUAUGGCAGCCAGUCCACCCAAUAUGGACUGUGGCUUUGAACUGGAAUGUUCCUUCUACUCAUUCUAAUUCCAUGGAACAGCCACUGUAUAGGAUGGUCCCUUUACCUUGAUGGCCAUAGUAACAGACGUGUGUACAACAACAACGUUUCUAUUUAACUGGUAUUUCCGCAUCAAACGUUAGCAUCUGUGUGACAACACAAGGUAGUUCAUUAAAAGUGACUCUUUCCAAGUCUUAACUGUCAAUAUUAAAGGAACAUUGUUGAUGCAAUGCCACAAUCAUAAACUCAGUCACUGAUGUUUAAUUUAGCAUUUACAUUCUUUGAAAUCAUUCCACAAGCACGGUUUGUAGAAAAGACUUUGCUGCAAACACAUCUUCCCUGCAUCCUUUAAACCAAUGGGUAGGGCGUUCUCCCAUGUCAAUGUGUCCUGUAAUCAUGUGAUGUUCUAUUAACCGCUAUGCGCUGUGUGUCUGCUAGGCUUAUGCUCCAGGUAGAGGCUGUCCUUAUAGGCACAGAUCUAGGAUCCGUUUACAGUCCACCAAGCCUAACCUUAACCAGUAGGGGUAAAGAUGUAAAACUGACCUUAGAGCAGUGUCUGUGGUUAAAGUCAUCCUACUCCCGGUGUUACUAUAACCCCCCCC